AUGUCGCUUCUACGACAGUCGACACAGGCGCUGCGCGUUGCCGCCGCCACCUCCAACAGCGCACGAUGGAUCAGCACCUCGGCCGUGGUUCGCAACUCUACGCAGACCUCGCCCGCACCUGCCAAGGCCGCCAACGGCCAGAGCCGAGAUGUCGCUGCCGAGCAGGUCGCACGACACGACCAGGCUGUGGCCGCAGACCUUGUCAGCAGUGCUCCCGAGGAGCUCACACAGCGCACGGUCCGCAUCUUCCGUCCCUCCAAGACCGCCAACUCGUCGGGCAAGGCCGGUACCAAGGUGUGGCGUGUCGACUUUGAUAUCCUCCAGGGCUCUGCACGAUGGGAGAACCCUCUGAUGGGCUGGGCAUCUUCAGGCGACUACAUGCAGGGCACUUCGCUCAAGUUCCGCUCCAAGGAGGACGCGAUUCACUUCUGCGAGAAGCAGGGCUGGGACUACCAGGUCCAGGAGCCCAAGAUUGCUCGCAUCCCGCCCAAGAGCUACGCCGCCAACUACAACUACAUCCCGGGCAAGCUCAGAAUCCACCACACCAAGUAG